CAUGAUUUUUUUCACGAACGCGGAUGUGGGAUUCGUUUAUGUAAUAAUAAUCGCGAGUACCGAAUCGUGCCGUUCGCUCGCGCUUUUCGCGAGGCGCGACUGCCGUUUGCCGCCUAGAGAAUUUUUCUGCCCAACAGCUGGCAACCUGGAUAUCGAUUGUCAUUAUUUAUAUCGUACGUUUCCUCUUCAGUCAUCGAUUCACUUUUUACAUUUUACAUUUUUACAGUAAUGAGAGAGUUAAGUUUUUCCCACGGGCGUAUGGUACUCUAAGUUAGCCCCCACAUGUGUGAUCAUAGGUGUUGUUGAAGGGGAGUCGAGUGUGUGAAGAGAAUGACGGAUAGCCAGCAGCAGUUUUGCUUGCGGUGGAAUAACUUUCAGGCGAACAUCACGAGCCAGUUCGAGGCGCUGCGAGAUGACGAGGACUUCGUCGACGUUACCUUCGCGUGCGACGGCAGGCGACUCCAGGCGCACAAGGUCGUCCUUUCCGCGUGCAGCCCUUACUUCAAGGAGUUGUUCAAGACAAAUCCUUGUAAGCACCCAAUAAUUUUUAUGCGGGAUGUUGAAUUUGAACAUCUACAAUCACUACUAGAAUUUAUGUACGCUGGAGAAGUAAAUAUCUCGCAGGCAGAGUUACCUACAUUUUUACGUACUGCUGAAUCUCUUCAAAUUCGUGGCCUCACCGACUCCCAAAGUAAUCAGCACAACAACGAAAAGCAUUUGAAGACAAAUAACAUCCAUGCAUCAAAUGGCCGUGGCCUGAUCUCACCAACCUUUGACGAUGAACGCAGUAAAACUCCACCACCUUCGAGCCCUCCACCACUGAAAAGGCUGUGUAAAAGAAGUGAUUCACCUCCAAUUUCUAGUCCAACACCCUCUGUGCCGCCUUGUGCUACCAUUGCACCACGUUCGCGCCCGCUUAUCGAGCCUCAAGUUCAGCUCGAUUGUUACAAAGAUCUCGAUAUUGUUGAGCCAAAAAUAGAAUUACCUGAAUAUGGCAGUGAUGACGAUUGCUCACCUAAACAGGAAGCUAAUACAUUGCCCAGUGGAUUUCUCAGCUUGGAUAGUGGUAUGGAAGUAUUACCAUCUUAUCCCUCAUCUUAUCAAGGAAACCAGAACGUAGAAGGAGGAAUGCCAGGUCCAUCACAUGGAAGUACGGAAUUAAAUCAGGAGCAGCAAGCGCGAAGAGUACGUCGCGGUAGGCCACGGCUCGGAACCAGAGGUGGCAAACACUCGUCGCCGUCCGUUCACAGAAACUCACCCUCCAGGAGCGACUGGCUACCCUUGGACAUGAGAACGACCCCGCCGGCCGCGAUGCCUGCCUAUCGUGGAUUCGAGGAGCCCUCGUCGGAUGGAGUGGUCCAUUUGGGUGAGGGUAUAGCUGUUUGCGAGGAGCAACUGAGGGCCGUCAAGUGGAGUGAUUACCGCAAGUUGACACGUGGAUUAGCCGCGAUAUUGUUUAGCCCAACAGAAUUGGCAACGUGUUCAGUUACCGGUCAACGUUGGAGUCGUGCCGGCACGGCUACCGAACGCCCUGUGAAACCUGCCCUUGACAAGGCUAAAGUUCAAGCCAUUAUUUCUUACGUAACGUCGAGAUUUCCGUCAGUGGACGUUAGUAGCGUGAAACAGGUUCUGGCGUACAAGUGCAAGGAGAAUUCUACCGCCCUCAAGAUGAAGUCUAUACGAUACAUAUGCGAUAGACAGGAUACAGAUACGUCACCGCGAGGUGAAUCCGAGGACAAGUGAGAGGGGGUCCAGGGUGCGUGCAGGGUGCAGCCCGCUCCUCAGUUUCGUCGCGUCCUCCCGCACCCUCCAUCCGAUACGGUCCACUUGUCGCAGUGCUCCCGGAUUCAUCGAGGCCACGGCGAUUACUGUAACAAUAAUAGUAACAAGCAGUACGUCGACGGACACCUAAGACGCAAGCACGAGGAAGGGCACAGAAGCGACUCGUCUCCUAUGUCAUCUACGCAGGCAGGUCUCGAAAAGUUGAUGCCUCUGCACACGCUUCACGGCGUAUUUCAUUCCACCCUACGAACGGCGACGGCCUCGUAUAUUUAAUCGCUGCUUCAGCAAACUACAUCGAUCGAGAUCUAAUCCUAAAAGGAUAGGAUGGAAAAGGAGCGGAAAUAUUUCUGAUCGUUUGGACGAUACCCAACGUUCGUUAACUUUCUUUAUCUCUUGUUUUUUACCAUGAAAAUUUCCAUUUUCGUGGUAGGGACGAUCGUACUUUUUUACGUUCAACACGUUCAACAAAGAAAGAGAUUAACAUGCUUAAAUAUAGAAGAUACACCGGAAACGCGAUUUGUAAAGCACAAGCACGAUAGAUGAAUAUAAAGAGUAGAAUGUUUGACAAGCUCGCGUAAAAUAAUACGCGUUGUUUUGAGGAUAGAAAAAUUCAGAAAGGUGGAAAUGAACGUUGUUAGAUUAUAUUGCAGUAAGAUUAGUCGUGUUAUAUGGGAUCUUAAAAUAUCGGUACUUCGAGUAUACGCGUCAUUUUUGGAAGCUGCUGGUUGCCUCAUAGUGAUUCAAAUUAUUCGUAUAUACUAAUCAUGGCUAACAGCUUCGAAAAGUUUAAUAUACUUCGAGUAGAGUUAAAAACAAAUGUCAAAAUUGGGCUUUAUAUUUAGGAGGUUUGUUCAAAUGUCCGUAUCGUGAAUUAAUCGGGACGAAACAAUAUUCCUAUCGUGAACUUUCUUUUCAGUUUCCACUUUUAUUUUAAUGACAAUGUCAUCGCGCGCCAUGCUUUUUAUCCGUUUUCUUUUUUACACUCAUUAAUGUAAUCAGGAGAAUGUAAGUAGUGAAAGAGCAGCGCAGAUGGAGAGAAGUUCAUUUUAUAUAUGGGCAUUCAUCUGAUUCACAAUACGGACAUCCGAUAGUUUAAAUGAAGAAUUUUAAUGAAACGCGAUGAGGGAUUAUUACGUAACUGCUUGUCUGAGAAGAAAUCAUCCCUUCGUAUACGCGCGUUUCUCUUGUUAAAAGGUAAGUCUGUCUGGCGCAUAAUACGUUUCUUUUCUCGUAAUAAUAUAUAGAUUCUUCAUGCGACACGUAAAAAAAAAAGAAAGGAAAGAACGUAGAUGUAAGGAUUACGAUUUACAAAAUACGUUGCGAAGGGACGAUUCUGCGCAAGAAUAUACGUACUUUAGGAGGAUUUAUUUGGUUUUGGCUGUGAGUUGCGACCACACAUGCGAAGGAGGAGAUCCGUGUGGCUCUAAUGAAAGAGAACGCACCCUUCCAGAGUGAAGGCGAGUGAUAAAUAGUGAGAAGGCAAUAUUAUAAAGAAAAAAAA